AAGCUAUGAAGUCUAAGUCCAACUGGGCCCAGAACCCAAGUUGUAGCAUAAUGGUAUUUCGUCCAACCAAAGAAGAGUUUAAUGAUUUCAAUAAAUACAUUGCUUAUAUGGAAUCCCAAGGUGCACACCGAGCAGGCCUGGCUAAGAUCAUUCCAGCCCAGGACUGGAAAGCCAGAGAGACCUAUGAUGACAUCGAUGACAUCUUAAUAGCCGCUCCCCUCCAGCAGGUGAUUUCUGGGCAGGCAGGUGUGUUUACUCAGCACCACAAAAAGAAGAAAGCCGUGACCGUGAGCGAGUAUCACCACUUAACAAACAGUGAAACACACCAGACUCCAUUCUACUCUAAUUUUGAGGAUCUGGAGCGAAAAUAUUGGAAAACACGCCCCUAUGGUUCACCAGUAUAUGGUGCGGACGUCAGUGGCUCCUUAUUCGAUGAAAACACGAAGCAGUGGAGCCUUGGACACCUGGGAACCAUUCAGGACCUGCUGGAACAGGAGUGCGGAGUGGUCAUCGAGGGCGUCAACACCCCCUACCUUUACUUCGGCAUGUGGAAGACCGCCUUCGCCUGGCACGUGGAGGACAUGGAACUUUACAGCAUCAACUACCUGCACUUUGGGGAGCCCAAGACUUGGUACGCGGUGCCCCUGGAGCACGGCCGGCGCCUGGAACGCCUGGCCAGGGAGCUUUUCCCGGGCAGCUCGUGGGGCUGUAAGGCAUUCCUGCAGCACAAGGUGGCUCUCAUCUCGCCCACGGUCCUCAAGGACAAUGGCAUCCCCUUCGGUCGGGUCACUCAGGAGGCUGGAGAGUUCAUAGUGACGUCCUAUGGCUACCACUCUGGCUUCAACCAUGGUUUUAACUGCGCAGAAGCCAUCAAUUUCGCCUCCCUGCGCUGAAUCGAUUAUGGCAAAGUGGCAUCACAGUGCAGCUGUGGGGAGGCCCAGGUCGCCUUCUCCAUGGACGCCUUCGUGCACAUCCUGCAACCGGAGCGCUACGAGCUGUGGAAACGCGGGCAGGACCAGACCGUGGUGGACCACACGCAGCCCACGGAGCCCAGCAGCCAGUUCCUGAACGCCUGGAGGGAGGUCCGCGCACCUGGGGCACCCACGCUCCGCCGGAGGCACGGUCCGUCCCGCAGCGCCUCGCACUGCCGUCCACCAGUGGCCGCCUGCCAUGGGACCCGCUGUAGAGCCCCUGUGGAUCCUGCGUCCCCGACCCCCUUGCCGGCCCAGGGUUCUUGCUCUGCUGCCCAGUUCGGGGCUGCGGCUGCCUACAGCUCCGCAGAGCCUGGCCUGACUCCGCCGCUGACCGCAGGUCCAUCUGCUGCACAUCUCCCCCUACCUGGACGAUACGGUCCUUGUCAUCGUCCUUGGGAAGAGGGGACUCAGGAUCCGACUGUCCGGGCCCGGACUAAGAGGCGCCUCUCCUUAGACACAACGCACCCAUCUCUGGACUUAGAAGCUCAGCUCCCGUUUGCUGGCGAUCCCUUGAUGGACAACCCUGCAUUGCUGAGCCCAUGGCUGCAGCAUCCUUCUAAGCCUUCCGGGUGCUGUUGCGCCCCUGAUCUUCAACCCUUGGGUCCUCCAUUGGAUCCCGAAAAUGCGAUGCACCCUGGCCCAUGCCUGCCAUCUCUGGAGGGUAUUACAUCCAGUGUCCUUGACAGCCUCCCUUUGAUUCCUCCCAACGUUCCUGGGACUGUGAGAGUGUUUCCCAGGGACGAUGCUGGGAACUGCAGGGCCCCUGUGAACUUCUGUGAGAUUUUAAGUUUGGACCACUCUUAUGCCUCUAAGAGUCUUGUCCCAGCUGUAGAGGCCAGUCUCCCGCACACCCUUGACUGUGAUCCCCUGGGGCUAAAGCUAGAGGCACCUGCAUCUCUUGAGUCCUGCGAGGAAUUCCUCACCAAUGCAUGGUAUUCAAUCUGUGAGCCCAUGACUACUGAAGAAUUUGCUAAAUGUGACUUUAUCUGACCCUCCACCCCAGAAACCACAGAAGCUCCCAGCCAAGCAACAAUCUGGGCUGGGCCUGUCCUCAGUGGAGAUGCUUUUAUCUCCUAGAAAUGACACAUUUCUCAAGCUGCCAGAUGCUUUCUACCAUGACAGCCAGGGCUCCUAGCAGCCUCUGAAGUGGACCUUCCCACGAGGACAGCUGCCAUAGAAUGUUGUACCUCUCAGGUAUUCUCAUCCCGCUGCUGAACUUUGAUGGGCCUUUGGCUUCUGCCUUGGCUUGGAUGGUAUGGACACUGCUUGCUUCUGAUGGCAGGGAAUGGUCCAAACGUGGGGCUGCCUGAGCCCCUGGACACCAGCCGUGUACCUUGUUGCUUCAUCUUCUGGGCCCUGCAGACUAAGGACACUGCAUAGUGGCCAUCUUGCACCCCUCCUAAGGCACUGUAGCUGUACAGGCAAAAGAGCCUGCAUUUUCCACCACUUCUUUCUCUUCACCACAGACCAUAAAAAGCUAUAGUAGCAAGUUCACAGUGUGCUUCCAGCCUUAUGCAUUCCAGUAAGAUUUUUUCUUUUAAUUGCCCAUCUUCGUACAGCCUAAAAAUA